CGAUCCAUGCAAACAACCUAUUUAAACAAGCGGAGCUUCAGAUAUUCUCCUAAUAUCAAAUAUGAACGCACUCCAGGCAACCCAAAAACAUGACGGCUUUUAAUUAGUAACCAUCUCAACGGCGAGGAAUGCUAUUUAUCAUCACGAGCCUACUCAGUUUAUAACUGCAAUGCAUAUCGUGUUGCUCGUUUCAAGACAACGCAAAAAAGUAUUGGCAAUGAAUAAUAUGGAUGAAAAAAUCAGUCCAAUCUUUGUUCGGAUGUGCUUUUUGUUCGACUCUGGCUUCAAAGCUUGAAGUCAUUGUUGGAGUGAAAUGAGUCUUGAUGUGGCCAGGCUCCCUGGAGUUUUGGAGGCAUGUGUUGGCCACGUCAAAAACGAUCUUCCCAAGCCAAAAACUCCGAGACAAGCAAAGCAAUUUUCAAUGUUUCAAGUGGUUCAGUUUGCCAAUAUUCAAUGCAACGGAAGUGCAAGUAUGACUGGAACUUGUUACACAGAAGAUGAAUGCACCUCAAAAAAUGGAGUCUCAAUUGGAACUUGUGCCAAUGGCUUUGGAGUGUGUUGUCGCAUGGUUAUGUCAUGUGGAGAGACGUCUUCGGAGAACAUAACAGUGUUUGCGGACACCAAUGUCCCAACGGGAAUGGGCGAAUGCACAGCCAGCAUUAAUCCGGCCAAUACUGAUGUCCGUCAGAUUCGUCUUGACUUUGAGCGUUUCCAAAUAGCGGGGCCAUCCCUUGUAUCAAGUGAGGUGACCAAAAUCUUAAACGGCUCGCCCAGUUUUAUGGGCACUCCUAAUGCUGCAGUGGGCCAGUGCAACCUGGAUCGUUUCCAAGUGCAGGGUGGAUCACAUGGUAGACCACCCAUAAUAUGCGGCUUAAACACUGGACAGCACAUGCUGCUGGAUGUGGAUGAAUCAUCUAACAUUGAUUUGUCAUUUCAAUUCGGUUCGGUAGCCACCGUGAGAUCCUUUCAGAUUAGGGUUACCCAGUAUGAAAUGAACUCGCCCAAUCUGGCUCCCGCGGGAUGCACUCAAUAUUUUACGAGUGCCUCAGGAACUGGAGUGGUGCAGACUUACAAUUUUGGCAACGUCCAUUUAGCCGACCAAUCCCAAGUGAUGUGCGUCCGACAAAUCCAAAACGCUUGCCGGAUUUGCUGGACAGUUGCUGACGUUCAAAUAAACAGGGUCUGGAUUGUCUAAGUUUGCCAUCGGCCGAAAAUAAAGAAGGUACUGCAAGAUUGCGAUCCAGGUUUUGCGGUCGGAAUAAAGGAUUGACCACUGGACCAGCGGUGUCAAUUACCAUUUGCAGUAAAUUGACCCCAUUUCAAAUAACUUUCCGCUCUGAUUCCUUUGAGACAAUUCCUUCAAUUGUCGGCACUCCGUUACCAGAGGCCACAGCAAUGGAUAAGGGAGUCAAGCUAAUUUACUUUCAAGACAAUAUGAAUUGUAUGAACUAGAUCAACCGCAUUUUAGAACCUCAACAUUAUGCAUAUUUUUAUGUGCUCACAGUUUACCUUGUAAUUUUGAAAAGUGUCAGCUUAUGUUUUUGAAGUAAUCAAAUACAAAUAAAAUUCACAAUGUUGGAUAGGUACAUAAAAAUUCUUAGGGCACAG